ACAGGGUUUCUGCAUCUGGGAGGGCUCCGGACUGCUCUGUACAACUAUCUUUUUGCCCAGAAGCACCAAGGCAGCUUCAUCCUUCGACUGGAAGACACCGAUCAAAGCCGUGUGGUAUCGGCAGCUUCUCAAAGCAUAGAGGAUGUAUUGGAGUGGGCAGGCCUGCCACCAGAUGAGAGCCCUCGCCAGGGAGGCCCCGCUGCCCCUUACCAACAAUCCCUACGAUGUGACUUAUAUAAGAAAUACACAGAACUGCUUCUUGAGAAGGGGGCUGCCUACCGCUGUUUUUGCACGCCCCAGCGCCUGGAAUUGCUUAAGAAGGAAGCACUGCGCAAUCAGCAAACUCCACGGUAUGACAACAGGUGUCGUCACCUAAGCCCCAAAGAGGUUGCUGAGAAGAUGGCUCAAGGUAUUAACUAUGCAGUGCGCUUUUGCCUAGAAGAGCGGUCGGAGCCGUUUUGUGAUCUAGUCCAUGGGUGGAGCAAGCAUGAUGUGGCCAGUGUGGAAGGUGAUCCAGUGAUUUUGAAGAGUGAUGGCUUUCCAACCUAUCACCUGGCCAACGUGGUAGAUGACCACCUGAUGGGGAUCAGCCAUGUUCUGCGUGGAAUUGAAUGGCUUACCUCCACCUCCAAACACCUCCUCCUCUACAGGGCCUUUGGCUGGGACCCACCUCAUUUCGGGCACCUUCCACUACUCCUGAACAAAGAUGGCAGUAAGCUCUCCAAGAGACAGGGACAUGUUUUUGUGGAAGAGUUUGCUCAAGAUGGCUAUUUGCCAGAAACCCUCCUGGAUCUCAUCACGCACUGUGGCUCAGGGUUUGCAGAGAAUCGAGUGGGACGAACACUGAAGGAGCUGGUUGAUGAGUUUGAUCUGAGUAGGAUUGAAAGGCACUCAGCCCUCCUGGAUCUGCAGAAACUGCCAGAAUUCAACAGGAUCCACCUGGCCCGGCAGAUUGGAGAUGAGACGCUACGGCAAAAGCUUGUGGCAGAGGUUCAGGCCUCUGUAGAGCAAGUCUAUGGGAACCAGCUUCUGGACAGAGAGGUCCUUGAGAAGGGCUACAUAGAGCAAGUGCUGCUGCUGAGAAGAGGCCACAUUAGCCAUCUGAAGGACUUGGUGUCACCCAGCUACACUUUCUUGUGGAUCCGACCCUCUGUGCCUUCUGAGAAGCUGCUGGCUGUCUCCACUGAGGCAGAUGAGAUAGGAAGAGUGGUCCUCAGGCUGCUGGAAGGGCCAGUGACUCAGAGACCUGAAGAACUUGGCCAGCAACUGAGGCAGCUGCAUGAGCAGAUAAGUGGCACCAAGUACAGCAGUAUGAUGAGGCUCCUCCGCCUUGCCCUCAGUGGCCUGCAGGACGGACCCAGCGUUGCUGAGAUGAUGGUCCUGUUGGGACCCAAGGAGACCGGGGCUCGGAUACGGGGGGCACUGUGCAGCGGACCUGCUCCCUGAGCAGAGGCAGAGGGAGAACUCUGGCGAGACUAAGCGUGGCGGAGCUAGGUAAAGACCUCCAAGGCUUGAAGGCAGUGCACAGAGAAUAUUCACUGAUUUUACAGCAACAUGGCCUGGUGCUGAUGGAUGCUGGGUUCGGAUUCAAUAGAAAAGGAAAAAUACUAGCUUGAUCUAAAGGCCUGCUGAGAUUACAUAAAGACCAGUCCUAGCAUCCUGUGUGGUAUUCCUCCUCUAGUUGCCGUGGGCCAAAGGACCAAACUGGGCUCUGAAAGUGCAAGUGAUGUGGGAGUUAGGAAAUCAGGAUCAACUCUCUUGCGUGUUUUUGUUGAGCUAUACCUAAAUUUUCCUAACCCAGAUGAAAGCUCAGAUUCAGCACGUGAAUCUGCACGUGUCCCCCAAGGACAGUUGAUUUAUCAGAGAGAAGUCCAGGCUUCAUCCCUCCUUCUCCCCGAUUUGCUGGUUUUCUAGGGGCAGGGAGCUUUCCAAUAGCGGGGUUCUUGCUACAGAAAGGUCUCUCUGCAGCUGAACCUUGUGAAUCCCUCCCUCCCUCAUCUGCUGUGCAAGGUGAGAUUGGGUCCUGAACUCUGGGCUUUAAUCAAUAAAGACUUUCACAUUG